AUGGUUUCAUUCAGAACCCUCGCUAUCCUCAUGCUCUCUGUUAUCGCAGUUGAUGCCGCAGGAGUCGUUGGCAAAGCUGAAGGUUUCGCUGCUCUAGCCACUGGAGGUGGAAAUGCUGCUCCUGCAUCCCCAAAAACCAUCGAAGAGCUUGUUAACUGGCUCACCGAUAGUGUUCCCCGUACCAUCGUUCUUGACAAAACCUGGGAUUUCACAAACUCUAUGAAAACAAAAUCUGAGCUGGGCUGCAGACCUCGCUCAAAUACAUGUAAAAACGAUGAAGGACAAGAUUCAAUCGAUAUCAAUGGCUGGUGUGAACAGUCUGGAAAUGCUGAUCCAACUCUUCCCAAGCCAACCGUUACUUACGAUGUCGCCGGUAUUCCUCCAAAUGCUAUCAAGCUCGGUUCCAACAAAUCCAUUGUGGGUUCUGGAUCUCUUGGAAAGAUCAAGGGUAGAGGUUUCUACAUUGCAGGUGCUAAGAACAUUAUCAUCCAGAACGUUGAGUUCGUCGAGAUGAAUCCCAAGUACAUUUGGGGUGGAGAUGCUAUCUCCGUUGAUGGCACCGAUCUUUUGUGGAUCGAUCACGUCAAGAUAUCCAGAAUUGGUCGUCAAUUCAUCACCAUGGGACCAGGUGCUUCCAACCGUGUUACCAUUUCCAACUCUGAGUUUGAUGGUACUACUCUUUGGUCUGCUAAAUGCAACAACCGUCAUUACUGGAUACUCUACUUCACUGGAUCCCAAGACACUGUUACUUUCAAGGGCAACUACAUCCACAACACCAGUGGUCGUGGACCCAAGGUUGGAGGCUUGCACUCAUCCGUCGCACCAAAUGUAUUUCUCCAAGCUGCCAACAACUACUGGUCAGAUAUCGCAGAAGGAAACGCAUUCCAAAUUGGCGAGGGAGCAAAGGUCCUUGCUGAGGGCAACAUUUUCGAGAAAGUUAUUACACCCACCAUCUUCGACGUUCCCAACAACCCUCUUUGGUCUUCAAGCAGUGGUGUUGCAGGAUGUGCUUCGAUCCUUGGCCGUAACUGCGUUUCUAACAGCCUUGUCGCAUCCGGGUCGUUCGUUGGAACCAACACUGAUGUCUUGAAAGUUGCAAAGGGAUUGACUCUUGCUGCUGUUGCUGAUGUCACAACCACCAAGGCCAAUGUUCUUAAGAACGCUGGUAUUGGAAAGAUUUAA